AUGGCAUCGGUUGCUCGUUCCUCCCUGCUGAGGCAGGUUGCUUCGGCCCGGCCAGCCUUCCAACAGAGCGUCAUUGCCCGCGCCGCCCGCCCAACCGCCAUAACCGCCUUCCACACCACCGCCCGCCGGGAUCUCCUACCACCUCUUCCGCAGCACGUCGACGGCACAGUAAACGACGCCGCCCCCGUACCCGAGCCAUCCCCGUCGCACGGGUCCUACCACUGGACCUUCGAUCGCUUGGUCGCCGCAUCCCUGGUCCCGCUCACCGUCGCCCCGUUCGCGGCGGGGUCACUGAACCCGACGCUGGACGCCUUCCUCUGCGCCACCAUCCUCAUCCACUCGCACACCGGCUUCCAGAACGUCAUCAUCGACUACCUCCCCAAGAAGAGGGUGCCGCGCACCCGCAAGGCCUUCAUGUGGGGCCUCAACGCCGCCACCGCGGUCGUCGGCCUGGCCCUCUACGAGUUCGAGACCACCGACGUGGGCAUCACCGAGACCAUCAAGCGCAUCUGGACCGCAUAG